GUUUUAUAUAACACUUUGUUAUCGUAUCCUGAUAACAACCUUCUGAAAAAGGUGAGGAAAUAUGGGUGAAAGAAAAGUGGCAGUGGUUACUGGGUCAAAUAAAGGAGUUGGAUUUGGUAUUGUUCGGGGACUUUGUCAGAGGUUCCAUGGAGAUGUGUAUCUUACUUCAAGAGACGAAAGAAGAGGACGAGACGCUGUUCGUGAGUUGGAGAAAGAAGGGUUAUCACCGAAGUUUCACCAACUAGAUGUAACAGACAAAAGAAGCAUUUGUACAAUUAAAAACUUUCUUUAGAAAACCUACGGUGGCUUCGAUAUACUCGUUAAUAAUGCAGGCAUUAUGAAAUCAUUUCAUACAAAGGAGGAAGGCAACAAAGUUAUCGAGACGAAUUAUGUAAGCGCUGUCAACAUUUCGGAGACCCUUUUCCCUCUCCUUAGACCAAAUGCUAGAGUCGUCAAUGUUUCAAGUAGAAUGGGCAACUUUACAGCUUUUAAUAUGAAACAAGAUACAAAAAUGAAGUUUGCCAGUCCAAACCUUACAGUGAAAGAACUUACUAACCUUGUUUGGGAAUACUACAAUCUUUUUGAUGAUAUUAACUUUAAUCAUAAGUUUUAUAUUGGACAAUUUGCGUAUGGUGUCUCCAAAGUUGGAAUUAACCGGUUGACGAGUAUAUUACAACGUGAUAUGUCUGCCGAUCAGAGACACAUUUUGGUUAAUUGCUGCUGUCCUGGGUAUGUAGACACAGACAUGUCCGAUCAUAAAGGUCUCCUGACGGUAGAUCAAGGAGCAGACACUCCAGUCUAUCUUGCACUUCUGCCAGCAGACGAGAAAUCCAUAGCAGGUGAAAUGGUUUGUGAAAGGGUGGUAGUAAAGUGGGAUCAACGGGAUUUACAUCCUAAUCCACAGAUUAAGUCAAUGAUGCCUUCUUUGAAAAGUUUAAUGUGACUGAAACGUAUGCAAAAAUUAAAAUUUCAGUUCAGUUCUACGGCAUAACUAUUUAAGCAGAAUAACUCAUGAAUAGGAUUCAUAGCACGAAACUUUAGCUACAAAACGAAAAAAUAAUUAUA